AUGUGCACGAAGAAAUCAAACAACGCGUCCCGUCACGCGAUCACCUCCGCCCUGCUUGGGUCCAGUCCUGAAGUCUCGCUGUCGUCUCUUCUACCUCCUCAGAAUCAGUUGACGCGAGCACUCGAUAUCAUGGACAUACGUCAAUCAAGAUUCGUGGGCCCGCCCACGCCCAUCGCCUCCCGAGAGAACGCCAGCAUGGCCACUCUGCCGGAUCUCUUUGUCCUGUUCAUUGCUCCGGAGCCAAAGGUGAACCCGCAUUACGAGGAGGUGAAGCGGGAAUCCGAAGAGUGGAUGAGGAAGACAUUGUGGAAGGACCUCUCUGAGCGCGAUAUCAAGAAGCGGUGCAGCGCCGACUUCUGCUUCUUCAGCGCAAUCAUGUGCCCCGACGUCAGCAAGGAGGAGUUCCGCACUGUCUGCGAUUGGAUAUACUGGGUGUUCGAGUUCGACGACCAAUUCGACGAGGGCGAGCUUGGCAGAGACCACGACAAAGGAAUGUCCGAAGUAGCAGCAAUGGUGUCUAUAAUCACUGGCAAAAGCGAACACAGAGAGCCCUCUGUGCGUCCUCGGCCGAAUGCGAGGCACUUCCCUAGUUUUCUUCCUGAGAACGCACCGAAGAGAUUGGCGACGACUGUCACUUCGGCUGCUGUAAAUGAAGUCGAGGCAAGCUCCGUGCCCAAGGACAGUGCCACGGCUUCUGAGAAGGCGACGCCAUUGCAAUUGCUGUUUCAAUCGAUCUGGGAGAGAAUUCAAAAGUCAUCACCCCGGGCUGUCCGGGAGCGCUACGUCAAAUCGAAUGUGCAUUUCUGUCAUAGCGUGGCAGAGCUGCACGGCGAGGAGUUUGAUGACAUGGCCGUCAUGGAAAACAUCCGCCGCUAUUUGCACGUCCGUGCACAGAACAUUGGGCUGUAUCCGCUGCUUGCACUGGAAGAAUAUGCUUACGGGGUCGAUCUGCCGCAAGACGUCGUAGAGCACGAGGCGAUCCAGGAGAUUGAGCGACUCGUGGCCGAGAUCCUGACGCUCCAAAACGAUAUUCUCUCGUAUCACCGCGAACACAGCGUCGGCCAUAGCCAGAACCUGAUCUCCAUCUUCCGCCGCCGGCUCGGCCUCACGCAGCAGCAGAGCUACGACAGGGCGGACGAGCUACUACACCGCUGCUACCGACAGUGGUACGUUGCGCACGCCAAGGUGCCGUGCUGGGGCGAAAAGGUCGACGCGCAGGUGCAGCAGUACCUCAAGGCGUGUCUGGACGUGCUCAGGGCCAACGUCCGCUGGAGCUUCAAGUCGCAGCGGUACUUUGGGGCGGACGUCGACCGGGUGCGCGCGACGCGGAGGGUGGUGCUGGUGCCUUAG